UCACAGUUUCGACACCGAACACAAAUCCAGAGCAGAGCAGUUACCCAAAUACCAACAACUCUUCUUCUUAAUUCCAUCUCGAUCAGUACUCUCUCUCGAGUCAAGCAAACAUGCCGAGCGAAGGAACAGCGAAUUUCAUCGAUAUCCUCAUCGCCAUCCUCCUGCCUCCUCUUGGGGUCUUCCUCAAGUUUGGCUGCCAUGUGGAGUUCUGGAUCUGUCUGUUGCUGACCAUUUUCGGUUACAUCCCUGGGAUUAUCUAUGCCAUCUAUGUCAUCACCAAGUGAAGUAGCUAAUCAUGCUUCAAUUUCUGUUGUAGUGAUAAGGAUGUGAAUGGCACAUAUGUCUUCUGGUUUAUUCAUUCAAAGCUUGUCCUCCCCCGUUGGAUUGCAUAGUCCUUGUUUGGUGUAGCUAAUAUAUAUAUAGACAGUUCAUAUUUCAAGUAGUGUGGUUUUUUUCCUCUUUCACCCCGUCUCCUUAUUCUCUUAUUGAGUUCAUUGUGUUCCCCAUGAUUUGUCUAUUUGUUGAAGAAGGUUGUGUUGAGGAGUUGAUGUAUCAUUAUCUCCAAUUCAAUUAAAGAAAAAAAAUCCCAUUAGUCUUUUUUUUAAUGAAAAACGUUCAUGUUCGCUUGAA